UUGAUAUUGAUAUCUUUUUUAAUUAUUCAGUUUGCUACUACUAAAUAAUUAUUUGUGUUUACAUUAUUUUCUCUAUAUCAUAAACAAACUUAUGAGCAUUGGGUAAAAACCCUGCUCCAAAGGCUCCUAAAUGCCACUAAUUUGUAUUUUUCAGGAUCGUGGGGAUUCCAUGGAAAAUAAAGUGAUGUGUACGUAUGUUUAUCAUAACCGUGGUUUCAUUUAAUGCAACAUCUUUCUUUAUCCCCAUAUUCAAGAAGUGGACUGACUACUUCAAUAUUCAGCUGAUCCAGCUUUAAUUCCAAAUUCAAAUAGUGAUCAAGAUUUUGAUCCAACUGCUGAAAUGUUAGUGAAUGAUUUUGAUGAUGAACAUACACUUGAAGAAGAAGAGGCUUUAGAAAGUGCUGAAAGUGUAACAAAUGAACUGGAUGAUUUGCAAAGGGAAGGAGAAAUGCCUCUAGAUGAACUAUUAGCUAUGUAUGGUUAUGAUGGAAGAGAUGGUGCUAAUAGUCCUGUAAAACAAUUAUCAUCAAAUACAGAAAGUCCAAUUCAACCAGAUAUGAUUUCUGAUAAAGAAGAAAGUGUAGAUGUAUCACUCUCUCAUUGUAGUGACAGAGAAGAAUCACCUGUAGAAAUACCUGAAAAUCCUUCAGGUCCUCUAUUAAGAUCGGUAUCUCAAGCUAGUGAAUCUUCAGAUUCUGGGACAGAUGAUGAUUAUUCUCCAGAUGAAGAUUGGAGAAAAACAAUACAAGUGGGUUCUGAUUAUCAAGCUAUGGUACCAGAAGGUCUUUGUAAAUAUGAUGAUGCUCCAGCUUAUGAAAAUGAAGAUAGAUUGCUUUGGGAUCCAUCAAAAUUGACAGAUCAAGAAGUUGUGGAAUACUUACGUCAAGCCCAACAGCCAUUUUCUAGUUGUGCUCAAGGUGUUAAUGCUAUUCCUGUUGGUAGUCACAUUAGAGAUGAUGAACAGGCUUUGUAUUUAUUGCUUCAAUGUGGCCACAAUGUGGAAGAAGCAUUAAGGAGGAGACGAAUGCAACCACUGCCUCCUGCAGAUACUAUGAGUCUUUGGUCUGAAGAAGAAUGCAGAAGCUUUGAGAAUGGUCUUCGAACAUAUGGAAAAGAUUUUCAUAUGAUACAACAUAAUAAAGUUCGAACUAGAUCCGUAGGUGAAUUGGUACAAUUCUAUUAUCUAUGGAAAAAAACUGAAAGGCAUGAUGUUUUUGCUAGCAAAAAUAGAUUAGAGAAGAAAAAAUAUGCUCUUCAUCCUGGAACAACAGAUUACAUGGACCGAUUCCUGGAUGAACAAGAGAAUCCAUCCACACACAGAGACCGCUCAUCCAGUCCAAGCAUGCAUUCCUUAAUGUUUGGUGACAGUAAGAAACAACAAUGUGUGCGUUCAUCUACCUCAAGCCCAACUGUUAACCAUUCAAAACUCGAUACAUUUACAGAUAUUAAUUCACAAGGCGAAUCGCUACAUCCCACAGAAGCGGUUCCCUUCAUUAGUGAUAUAGGAUACUCUCUCAUCGAUAGAGAUGCGCGUAUGAGAUCUAUAGAUGGCAGAAAUUAUCCCGAAUCUAGAGAAACUGUACAAGAUUCUAGUAGGGAAUUUGUGAACGGUGCAUCAAAUAUGAUGGACAAUGAUAAGACGCAUGAUUUACAAAACAUUCAUCACGUAGAAUCAUUGACAAAUGUCGACAAAAACUCUUCAUGCAAUCCUCCUACAGACAUCGUCAAUUGCACGCAUCAUCCGACAGAAGUAUCUAGAUACAGAGAAUCGAGAUCGGACAAUCAAAGGUUUGAAUCGUUACGUGAAGAAGUAGCCUCUAUGGAAUGAAUCGUAGCUUUAAACAAAGAACAUAAAUGUACAUUCUAGUGAUUUUAUAUAACAAACAGAUUAGAAGACAUGGCAACGAAACCUGUUAUGCUGUUAAUAAAAAAUACCAGUAAGUGUUUGGAUGGACUAUCAGAGAAGAAAAAACAUUCAAUCAGAAAAUCAUGUAUUCAUUUCAAUUUUUAUCACUCAUGCUCAUCUGGUAUCCAGAUGUUUCCCCCUUUUAAUUUUCACCUCAUACUAAUGCUAUGUCAACAAUUCAUUGUGAAAUUUACAUGUAAUUUACUUUGUCUUAACAUAAUUGCACACAAUUAACAAUGAGUUUUUAUUGUUACCAUUAUGAAAUGUAAGUAAAUUGAUCAUGUAUUUAGUCACAUUGAUUUAGAAAUAUGCCUUUACCAAUUUAUCUAAUAUCAGUGACAUUUAUAUUUUUAAUUGGUUGAGUAAUCGGUCAUUUAUCAAUGUAUUAUUAAUUGCAUUUAUCAUUUUUCUCGGAUAUUUUUAAGAAUUUUUGUUUGUACAGUCGAUAUAAAUCUGUCUGCGCACAUUUCACACUGUAUUUUUAAAGGACUUUGUAAAUCCAUCCACAUGUACAACAUAUUCUCAUUUUCAUUGUCAUCAAAAAAUUUAGUUUAGAAAGGUCCAUUUUCAUUUAUGUUGUUCAUAUUAUGUAUUCUUAGAAUCCUAUGUUAUAUCUCGACCUAGAACAGAUAAAAUGAAGAAAUAAAAAUUGCUGGGCUGUUGUUAAAGUACUUUUGUUUUAUUC